UUUAUACGACGAGUCGGUUUUAUCAUUAUUAUCUUGACCUGAUUCAAUGACUCUAUCUUACUUAAGGUUGGAUGCACUGAUGUGUUAGAGGUUGUUUACUGAAACAUGAGCAGCAAGAAGCUUAUCAACUCUUCAGUGAGAUGUUUGGAGGACAAUUUGGAGGGCCUUGUUGCCAUCAACCCGGGCCUAAGGCUGAUCAAAGACCAGCAUGUUGUGGUGAGGGCGGAUAUUGGGGACAUGAAAAAUGAGGGCAAAGUUGGCGUACUGUGUGGCGGAGGAUCAGGGCAUGAACCUGGUCAUGCAGGCUAUGUAGGAAGGGGGAUGUUGAGUUGUGCUGUGGCUGGUAACAUAUUUGCCUCACCGCCCCCAGCUGCAAUCCUCACUGGGCUGAGAACCAUCGCCAAGGACAACCCAGGUGGCUGCCUGGUUAUAAUACCAAGCUAUACGGGCGAUCGGUUAAACUUUGGGUUGGGUGUGGAGCGCGGCCUGAGCGAGGGUCUUAAAAUCACCACGGUAACAGUCGGGGAAGAUUGUGCUGUGCAGUCCAAAGACAGGUCAGCUGGUCGCAGGGGGCUAUGUGGCAUGUUCCUUGUUAUCAAGAUAGCAGGUGCCCUGUCGGAGGAAGGCAAGUCACUGGAGGAAGUCACACAACAGGCACAGCUUGCAGCACGCAGCAUGGGAACCAUUGGGUUGGCCUUGAAGCCCUGUUCCACUCCAGGCUCCACUGGGCCCUUGUUCACGGUUCCCGAGGAUGAAAUGGAGCUGGGACUCGGUCUCCAUGGAGAGGCUGGGGUCAAGAGGGUCAAGCUGAUGUCAGCCAAAGAUACAGUUAAAUUGAUGAUUGAUCACAUGACCAACCCAGACAACUCUACACAUCUUAAAGUGAACAAGGGUGACAGAGUUGCAUGUAUGAUCAACAACCUGGGAGGAAUGUCUGUCCUGGAGAUGAACAUUAUCGCUAAGGAAACUGUUCAGUAUCUAGAGGUUGAUUUGGGUUUGAAUCUUGACAGAGCAUACUGUGGGACGUAUGUUACCUCGCUUGAGAUGGCUGGUGUUUCCAUAACGCUGCUGCAUCUCAGUGAUACGUUUGCAAGAUGCCUAGAUGCCCCGACCACAGCCCCAGGCUGGCAGACCCCGUUGUUGAGCCCAGGACACACAGACAGGCACACACCCGAGCCCAUGAUCCCAGCAGAGGUCACCCGCUCUACCGUACAGCAUACCCAGGGAGUCACCGUUUCCAAAGGGCACGGUGAGCUGGUUUAUGACGUCCUACAGACUGUGUGCAAGCGUCUGCUGGAACAUGAGGACACGUUGAACGUUCUUGACUCCCUGAGCGGGGACGGAGACACCGGCAGCACUGUGGCACGAGGAGCGCGGGAGAUCCUAGGGAAGCUUGGUAGCCGUGACGACCCUCAGAUGCAUGUGACCUGUCCGUCCCAGCUGGCUUUGGAGCUGGCACAGAUAGUGGAGACUGUCAUGGGAGGAUCAUCUGGCGGGAUUUACAGUCUGUUCUUCACGGGUGCAGCCGCUGGGUUACAGAAGGAGGUGUCACCCAAGGCAUGGCUCGAUGCAAUGACUAUGGGUAUAGCCCCAAUUCAGAGGUACGGUGGUGCAGAACAAGGUGACAGGACUAUGCUUGAUGCCCUGAUUCGUGCAAGAGACAGUUACAAGGCCCAUGUAGACACAAUGUCACCAGUAGAAGCUUUUGCCCAGGCAGUCAAGGCGGGCGAGGCAGGAAUGGAGAGUACCAAGACAAUGAAGGCACACGCGGGUAGAGCCAGUUACGUAAACGCUGACCUCUUGACCCGGCCCGACCCCGGAGCCAUGGUAGUAGCCAUAUGGCUCAAGGCAGUCUUGGAAGCUAUGCAGAGUUCAUAGCAAUAUGGCCGAAGGCGGUUGUGAGGUCUGCCAUGAAGCUAUUGUGAUAAGUUAUUAGUAAAUGAGUCAAUGAAAUCCAUUAUUAUGUCCAGUGAAUUGCAGAUUGUUAAAGAUUUAAACUAUGUUGUACAGAUUUAAAAGAGCUUUGUAUUGAUGGUUCUUAAUGCCUUUGAAAUGUAUUUGUGUAUUACAGACUGCCGAUGGAAAAACACAUAAAUCUUGGAUGUUUAUUUUGUUAGAAAUGUACAGGAACUAAGCAAAAUGAGUUCAGUAUCAUUUUUUAAAGUGUUUAUGUGUAUGCUUGAGUAUAAUUAUGCAUAUCUUGUGGCGUUAAAUAAAAUAUUGUUUAUUUUCUUGUUAUUCAUGAUAUACUUCAACAAUAAGUGUUAACAUGUUCCAUUCAGAAUUGAGUAAAUGCAUUCAAACUAUGUUAAUAUACAAAAAAGGACUUUAGAAAUUUGUUAGGAUUUGACCAUUGUUUUUUCCAUUUUUAUCAAAUUUGUACAUUUUUAUAACUUUUUAUUAAAAUGUACUAUCCGCUUCUGUAUCAUAUAUAGACAUGUAGUUUGUGUGAAUUGCUAGUCAGUAUUUUACCAUGUAUUAUAUACAGUAACCAUAUCUAAUAAUUAUCUUUAUUUAUUUAAGUGCUAUGUAUUUAAUCACAUAUAUAUCAAAAUAAAUAUGUGUCCAGUGUAUGCACAGAUGCAAUAUUAUGAUUGUUUAUGAUUUUUAGGUGCUAUUCUAUCUAUUACAGGGUAUGAAUUGUAUUGCUUUCAUACUAGUGGAUAGUAUACUGCUUGUGUUUAUAUCCUGUGUGUAUUUGUUUGAAUCAAGCAAGAAAAUAAAAGAAACUCAUA